AUGCGUUCAAUUUUCUGUUUUAGAAUUUUGGAUCCUCUGAGCGAGGAAUUCAAGCCGGAACAAUCUCUCUCCUCGUUGGAGUUCCCUGAUGGAUACGUGAAUUGGAUCGGCAAAGAGAACUUCGAGAUAGUAUCCACGAAUCAGGAAGGGAACAACGUGGAAUCUCUUCGACCCGAUCAAGCAAAGAAGAAGACUAUAACUCGUCUAGAGUGCGACCACUGUCGACGCAAGUUCCUCAAGAAGAGUAACCUGGCCGAGCACUUGAAGAAGCACAAGCACAAGUGUCCUGAUUGCCCGAAAACUUUCAGACUUCGUCGAUACCUGGCCUCUCACGUGGAAAAGAUCCAUCGACGCCAAGUGUACGAUUGUAGCGUUUGCGAGUACAAGAGCAACAACAAAGGCACCCUGAAGAACCACUACAUCCGCCUGCACACGACCAACUACGAUUUCUCUUGCGACACCUGCGGCAAGCAAUUCAAGAUAAAGAAAGCGUUGAAUCAUCACGUGAAGCAGAACCACAGCGAUGCACCUCCAAUAGUGUGCGACGUCUGCGGCCAUUUCAGCAAGAAUCUCCACGCUUUGAAGGCCCACAUGAAGUACAGACACUACAAGCCUGAGUUCAUAUGUCAAAUCUGCAGAAGAGGCAUGACCACUCGGGAGAAUCUGGAGCAACAUUUGACUUGGCACGAGACGAGGGAGAAGGUAUUGUGCCCCACUUGCGGAAAGAGGUUUAGAGGCCGGGAUUUGGACUCUCACAUGAGAGUGCACACCGGGGUCAAACCAUUCCCCUGCCCUGUAUGCGGGAAAUCGUUCAGAAGGCAGACUGCUCAGGAGCAGCACGUGCUUAUCCACACAGGGAAGAGGCCAUACGUUUGCGACAUUUGUGGCCAAGCGUUCGCCCAGAAACCGGGCCUUAUUUGUCACAGGAAACGCCAUCCUGGACCAUUGCCACCUUUGCCUGUCGUUUCGAUAAAGAACAUCGUCACCGAGUUCACUAAGGAGUACACCAUGAAGAACACGAUUAUUAAAAUUGAAUGA